GAAGCAUACAGUGCACUAGAAUAGCACAUAUAAAAAGAAAUCCAAUAUUUGGAGUGCAAAUAUGUGUCAAUGUUAAGGAUUGGUACUUCGUAGUACUUGAUUUACAUGCAUUUAUGUACUGGAGAGAUCAUGAAUCAAUAUGAACAAUGUGUAUAGUGGUGGUACAUAGAUAUUACUGAGAGUUUAACUGGCUUUAAUUUUUCAUAAAAGUGUCCAUUGGGAUAUAGGCAGAAGUAGUGUUAUAUAAGGAUUACCAAAACAGUUACAAAGGGAUAACAAUAUCUUAGACUAUGGUUCGCUAUAAACAGCACCAGCAAGGUCCAAUGGCUGCAGUCUCUAUGCUAUUUGUCGUCAUGGUAAUGCUUCCAAUAGUAACAGGGAUCCCCUCAUUCAGCAGCACCGGAAGGAUUGAGACUGCCGCUGUGGGAGAUUCCAUUUCGUUUGACUGCGCUAUCAAUGGCUGGGACAUUACAACACAGGUGAAGUGGGUGUACAGUGACCAUAAUCUCCAGAUCUCCAUAGGCACAACCAUACUUGCUGAAACAGUGAGAAAAUAUCAGAUUGUUCGUCCCAUGACAGAUUCAGAUGGCGCAGUUCACUUCAACCUUCAGAUCUCAGAUAUAGAUGUCACCGAUCAUGGUGUUUAUGUAUGCAAGGUGACAGGAGGGGGCAGCACCAUCAAACAGAUUAAUACACUCACAGUGAAGGGGGCAGUUCCGCCCACAAGUGAACCAAUAAUUUUCCCUCCAGCUAACUUCACAAAAUGCUGUAAGGAUGCUGAAGUUUCUGCACAAUGUCUACCUAUAUGUGCUCCCAGUACAGUGAAUUUAGAUACAUUUAAUCCUGAUAACUGUAAAACAGACUUGGAUAAAUUGCUGAAAUGUGGUGCAGAUGGGAGAAACCACGCAAGAUGCUGUGCCAAUAGAGGAAUUCCAGCAAAAUGUAUCGAUUUGUGCUAUGGCGAAGCUAUUCCACUGACUGCAGACUUUGAUAUAUGUCUGACUUCAACCACGAAAGUUGUUUCCUGCUUUGAGGAGGGCCAAUUAACUCUACCCAGACCACCUACUGCGGUGGCUGCAAACAGUAUGGCAUAUAACAAGAUAUCACUCCAAUGGUCAGCCCCAGAGAACAAUGACAAGCUGCUGUCUCCUCUAACCGGCUACAGGAUAUUCUACCAAGAGAGUAAUAAGAGGAAUCAGGGGUACAAGAGUCAGCAAUUGGAAUCCACUGUCACAUCAAGGGCCAUCUCAGGCUUGAACCCUUCCACAGAGUACAGUUUGUAUGUUACAGCACUUAAUGAGCGUGGAUCUAGCCAGCCUUCAUACAGUGUUUCGGCCACCACUAUGUCUGAUGGUGGUCCCUCAGCUGGAGUUGAUAUACAGAAAUGUUGUGCAAGGAGUGGCGUGUCUGUGACGUGUCAGCGUGUGUUGUGUAGUGGAGACAGUUCGCUAGCUGAGCCAUUACGCAUAGGUGCCUGUCUGAAGGAAGCUCAUAUUGCUAUAGGGUGUUUCUCAGGAAGCAAGAAUCACUCUGUAUGCUGUAAGAAUUAUGGACUAGAUGAUACAUGUACACAGUUGUGCUCUGGACGACCAGCACCUAUUGAUUUCACCAAUUUGAAGUGUCUAAUGAGCAUGGAUAUUAUGGCUGAGUGUUUCACAGUUGGCCUGGCUGAAAUACCAGGAGUGCCUCAAUCUGUUAAGCUGGUUGAUGUAUCGACAACAACUGCUGAAUUGUCCUGGUCUCCCCCUGCAGACAACCCAACCAAGGUGAAAUGGUAUCUAGUGCAGUUCAAAGAGAAAGCAGACAAUGCUGGAAAUGUACAGGUGAUAGUGAGUGGUAGAUUAGAUGUGCAACUGCUGAAACUAAAGCCAGGCACGCUGUAUGAGGUGCAGGUCCAGGCUGCCAAUAGUCGAGGCUCUAGCAUCCCCUCAAGCCGCAUCAACUUUAGCACGUAUGUCCCAGAGAUCUCCGUCCCUGGCACUGAGACCCCACACCCCACUCUAGCACCUCAUGAUUAUAAAGAUUGUUGUGUUAAGAAUGGUAUUUCAGAGAGCUGCCAGUCACUGUGUACAUAUGAACGGGCAGAUAGAAUUACACAGAUUGCUUGUGCUGCCAGUAUCUCCAAGCUCCUUGCCUGUGGUGCAGAUGGCAGGGAUCACAGGUCCUGCUGCAUGGCAAGACAAAUUCCCGACAAAUGUGUUCAGUUCUGUAAUGUGAGAUAUGAUGCCCCAAUAGAGGUGACAAGUGAACAUGCAGAUUGCUUACGUGAUGAUGUUAUUGACAAUGUGAAGAGCUGCUUCUUCGAGGGAAUAAAUCGACUUCCCGGUAUGCCCCGCGACUUCCACAUUGAGAGCGCCACCUCGCAUACUAUCAGCCUAUCUUGGGUGGAGCCGGGAAGGAAUGCUGACAUAAUGCAGGAGUACUGGUUCUACUAUGGCCAAACUGACCUUGACAUUGACAGUAUGGAAAAGAAAGUGACCACAGAUACUAGAAUAAUUGUGCAGAACUUGGAGCCUAGUACGUACUACAAGAUGUUUGUGGUUGCUGUUUCACAGACAGGGGGACUCAGUCAAGCCACACCAACCAUAAAGCAGAUCACAAAACCUCUAUCUAGUACAGUUGACCCUACUUUGGCCCCUGUAGUAAAUGGCUCUAUCUACCCUGGAGAACUACCAGCCAAUAGCACAGAAUGUUGCACUGAACAGAAUGUUAGCAGAGAGUGUAUGCCUAUGUGCACGGGAGCCUCUAGUAGUGCAGAUCCUGUGACUUGUAUAGCUGACCUAGAUAAGGUGUUCAUGUGCAGGGCAGACAAUCGUGACCACAGCGAAUGCUGCAGGAGACGUAGUGUAUCCAGUGAUUGCCUUGAUUUCUGUCGGGGAAAACCAGACAAGUCAAAAAUUGGCUGUAUUCAAUAUGCUACUGAAUAUUUUAGUUGCUAUGUUGAGGGCAUUGGAAAGCUGCCCAGUCCUCCAAUGAAAUUUAGGGUGACUGAGGUUGGUAUUGACUUUGCCACAUUCAAGUGGGACGAGCCAGUGAGCAACGGAGACAUGGUUGUGUAUGACGUCUAUUACAGGAAGGCUGAUACCAUUCCUCGAAUGGUUAAAGCGAAUGUCUUCAGUCCCUAUACCAUACCUGAGCUAAUUCCAAGUACCCUGUAUGAAGUGUGGGUAGUAGCAGUUAACACUCAUGGAUCCAGUAUGCCCUCACCAAGCUUCUUCAUACAUACAUAUGCAUCAGAUGUCCCAAUGGUGUCUGUGAGCCAGAAUCCCGGGGGUAGAGUUAGACAGGGGGAGAAUGUCACCCUGGAGUGUAUCGGGAGUGGGGAGCCCAUGCCUGAUGUACAGUGGACGAGGUUUGAUAAGUUCCUUACCAAUGAAUCGUCUCUGUUACUCCAAAAUGUCGGCAAGGACGAGGCUGGACAGUACGAAUGCUUUGUGAAUAAUUCCAUCGGAAACAACACUGGCCAUAUUAAUCUCAUAAUCGAAUUCAAGCCUGCAAUUCAUAUUACUACACCAAACCAAUAUGUAGAGGCUGACAAAGGCAUAGACAUCCUCUUACGCUGUGAUAUAGAAGGGUACCCCACAUCUCUUCGCUGGUUACGGGAUGAUGCCCCCUAUCUGGACCAGGCAACCAAACUGCGUAACCGUGACUACAGAAUUGAGAAUGCCACUAUUGGUCAUACCUCAUUCUUCUUAGAAAUCAUGAAUGUGAUGAAGUGGGACUAUGGCAUCUACAUGUGCCAGGCUAAUAACAGCUAUGGAAGCUCUAACGUCUCCCUGACACUCAAUCCCCCAUUAUUUGACCAUGACAAUGUAACAGAAUGGAGUAUUGCUCCUGCAGUGGCCAAUGUGACAGCCUGCUGCGAGAGCAAGGGAGUGCAAGCCCACUGUAUGCCAGCAUGUAGCUUUGACAUUGACCUUGAUGUACUCACAAGCAUACCAGAUCAGGUCACAUGCAUAAAUGACUUAACCAAAAUGAUCCAAUGUGCGGCAGACGGAAGGAACCAUACCAAAUGCUGUGUUGAGAAAAAGGUUGACAAAACCUGUCAUCCAGCCUGUAUGGGUCAGAUACCUCCUGGUGAAGGUCUCUCUAUGUCUUUGUGCCUCUUCAGCGCCACUGAUAUCAUCGACUGCAUGGAGGAAGGACAUGACAACAUACCUUCACCUCCUCGCUUUGUGACAGCUCGCCUAAAUGAGGAAAAUGAUGGCUCUAUGGUUAUAAGGUGGGGUCCUCCGAGUAAGAACCCUGACAAGGUGGAAAAAUAUUUAGUCUCGUAUCACCCUCAAGGUGGCAGCACCAUAGAACAUGAAGUAGAUGGUAAUGAGUUCUCAUAUGAGGCUAAGUUACUGGAGCAUAACAAGUUGUACACAGUGUUUGUGUUGGCAACCAAUCACCAUGGUUCCAGUCAUUCCUCUAACCAAGUCAAGAUUGCAGUCAAUGAGCUGGUCCCCAGCUAUCCCAAAAACCUGCAGUGUGCUUUGGUGAAUGCUACAGCUGUGAAGUGCAUGUGGGAGAGACCACGCCACAACUACAAGGCAAUCACACACUAUUCACUCUAUUACAAGAGCUCAUUAAACCAAAAAUACAAAUUGGUGAACACUGCCAGUUCUCAAAGACAAGCUACUGUUGGAAGUCUGAUGGAGAUGGAACUUUAUACAUUCUAUGUGGCUGCAUGGAGUUCUACAGUACAGGGAUCAAGCUCAUUCCAAGUGACUGUCAUGACAGGCCUCACUGCAGCUGAUAUGGCUAGGAUUCAAGCUGAACAUGGGAAACGAGUUGCAAUAGGAGUAGGGGUCACCAUACCACUUCUCAUCCUACUUGGAGGGGCUGCAUUUGCUUUCUACUGGUUCAGAAUGCGUAAAAAGGGACUUAAAUUUGAGGAAUCUGUGUCAUUUGACAACCCAGGCUACAAGAAACACAAGAACCCUCCUAGUGCUGGUCAGGAAUCUGGACUGCCUUCAUCAAGUGCUGUUUAUGAGGACCCCAAUCACCAGCCAAACAAUAACAUUCACGUUAACCCUGAUGAACAGCCUAUUCCAGGGGACAGAAAUGCUAUAGAAAACCCACUCUAUAACCACUACACAGGGCUAGACCAGGCCAGCAUGAAACCAGCGGAAAAUGAAUAUGCCACUCUCGAAGUGACACAACAGGAAGACGCUGAUGCUCAAAGAGUGCAUAUCAGUUUUAAUAAGAAUACAACAGUGACGUAGCACAGCGUAAUUUGCCUGCCAAGCUAUACAUGUGAUAUUGGGAUGUGUGCUUUUCUCUCGUACAGUCUGGUGUGGAUAUUUUGUAUACCAAACUUUAUAUAAAGGCCAAAUUACAUUCCAGACGUUACAAUUUCUAUAUGAGCAUAUGUGUUAUACAUGUACACAUCAGAAUGCAUAAUCAUAGUGCAGUUUUGGGAUGUCCAGAUUAAGCCUAUUCAGUGAUCUCCUCAGGAUUUUUUCUCAAGUGGGUGCAAAAUUCUUAUUUUCGCAAUCAAAACCUAAGUCAAAAUAUGCCUAUUU